AUGCCAGGUCUUUCUGACGCGUCGUCGGGUCUGACGAGACAAUGCUCGCGCUCCAACGACAACUCCGCGCUGAGCCCUUCCUCGGCGCCCUCAACCCACAAACCCUUCUCCUUUAUUCGCUCGUCGUCGUUCUCCUUCAGCAAGUCGCGCUUUGUUCUUGAAUCGCCUCCCAUCCCGGAAAGCGACAAAGAACCUAUUUUCGACGAAAUCCGCGACUGCGACGAGGCGCCUUAUCCUCUUCCCCCGCAAACCAGAAAGAUGUCGGCUCCUGGUCCGAUCGAUAUUAAAAGACAAAAGGCGGAAUACAAGAGUUUCAAUGGCAACAAUCAUAACCGGUCAACCACGACGAUUCUUUCGGCCUCUGUUCCAGCAGAAUUGCCAAGUGCGACAUAUAACACAGUGUCACCACACAAGCACAAGUGGCUCAACAAACUGGAUCCACGUUUCAAUGCCAAGGUGAUGGAAGAAAAGCAAAAGACCAUCGAGCGACAGGAGCGAGAGCGCAGAAAGAAGAAAGAGGAUGAGGAGAUGAUUGGGGAGUUGUUGCACGGUUGGGCCAAGUAG